UUUUCUUCUUUCUUGUCUCUUAAUAUUUACAAUUACCAAUUGAAAUAUUAUUAUUAUAAAUUCGCCCAAACCCUAAUUCUACUUUUCUCCUCCCCAAAUCAAAAUCGCAGCUCCUUGGAGUCCCCAUACAAUCUCUCUCGUUUAUUUGGGGAUUCUUUUCAUUCACGCUCUUCAACAUCUCUUUUCUACCAAGAACUUUGAUGGAAUAUGACUAUACCAAUGGACAACACUUCUGAUAAUCUUCCAAGAGAGCGUAUUCAGCGACUUUACAAUCAGAAUGCAGAAUUGGAGAGUAGGCGUAGGAAAGCGGCUCAGGCCAGAAUUCCCUCAGAUCCUAAUGCUUGGCAACAAAUGCGCGAAAACUAUGAAACUAUAAUACUUGAAGAUAAUGCAUUCUCUGAGCAACAUGAAGUGGAGUAUGCUUUGUGGCAGUUGCAUUAUAGGAGAAUCGAGGAGCUACGGGCACACUACAGUGCUGCUCUAUCAGCGGUGUCUCAGAGUGGGAAAGGUUCAAUGAGAGGUGGACCUGAGCGGGUCACCAAAAUUCGUUCCCAGCUGAAAACUUUUCUCUCUCAGGCAACCGGCUUUUAUCAUGAUUUAAUGGUUAAGAUUAGGGCAAAGUAUGGCCUACCUCUGGGUCACUUUGCAGAAGAUCUAGAGACUCAAAUUUCUUUAUCAAAAGAUGGAAAUAGAUUGGUGGAGAUUAAAAAAGGCUUGGUAUCGUGCAACCGCUGUUUGAUUUAUCUCGGGGAUCUUGCUCGAUACAAAGGUUUAUAUGGGGAAGAUGAUUCAAAAGCUCGUGAUUUUGCUGCCUCAUAUAGUUACUACAUGCAGGCGGCAGCAAUUUGGCCCUCAAGUGGCAACCCUCAUCAUCAGCUUGCAAUACUGGCAUCGUACUCGGGGGAUGAACUGGUGGCGGUUUACAGAUAUUUUCGAAGUCUGGCGGUGGAUAACCCUUUUAGCACUGCAAGAGAAAACCUGAUAAUAGCAUUUGAGAAGAACCGACAGAUCUACUCUCAGCUGCUUGGUGAUGUGAAACCAUCUUCUGUCAAGACCAGGCAGGUACGGGUGAAUGGAAGAGGAAGAGGAAAAGGUGACAACAAGCCUACAACAAAGGAUGUCAAGGUGGAAGCAACUCUCUUUAAAGAGAAAUCACGCAGUAUGGCUGAAAUUUUGAAAGCAUUUAGCACUAGAUUUGUCCGUCUCAAUGGCAUUUUAUUUACACGUACAAGCUUAGAGACUUUCGAAGAAGUUUUUUCUUUGACCAAGAGUGACUUUCUAGAGCUUGUCUCCUCUGGUGCGGUUGAGGGGCUGAAUUUUGGUUCAGAUACUUCCGAAUGUAGGCUCUUGAUUAUAAGGUUGAUAGUGAUACUGAUAUUCACGGUUCACAACGUAAAUAGGGAAACUGAAAAUCAAUCAUAUGCUGUAAUCUUGCAACGUUCAGUUGUGCUCAAGAAUGCUUUUACUGCUAUUUUCGAGUUUAUGGGGCACAUUCUUGAGAGGUGCAUCCAGUUGACUGAUCCUUCAGCAAGCUAUAUGUUGCCUGGCAUCAUGGUCUUUGUGGAGUGGUUAGCCUGUCGUCAAGACAUUGCAGUUGGCAGCGAACUUGAUGAGAGACAAUCUAGUGCUAGAUCUUUUUUCUGGAAUCAUUGUGUUACCUUUUUCAAUAAGCUUCUCUCGAGCAGUUUCAUGUUUGUUAAUCAGGACGAGGAUGAUACUUGCUUCUACAACAUGAGCAGUUAUGAUGAAAAUGAAACUGGCAAUCGGCUUGCACUGCCCGAGGACUUCGAACUAAGAGGAUUCCUUCCCCUGCAAGCUGCGCAACUCGUACUUGACUUUUCAAGGAAGCAUUCUUUUGAAAGUGAAGGUGGCAAGAAGGAAAAGAAAGCUCGUAUUGAAAGGAUAAUAGCUGCUGGAAAGUCUCUUGCUAAUGUGGUUAAGGUUGGACAGCAGGUUAUUUAUUAUGACACUAGGUUGAAGAGCUUUGUUUUUGGUGUCGAACCCCAAAUUGCUGAAAACCCCGUAUUAGAUUUUAAAGGCGAAGCGAAUUUGGAGGGAAGUAAAACCACAGCCCUGCAGCCAAAGGCACAGCUGCAUCUUGAUGUAGAUGAUGAGGAUGAGGUGAUUGUUUUUAAGCCAGUAGUCAAUAAGAACAACACUGAUGUGAUUGAUUCAAACUUGACCGUGUCUGAGGUUUUCCUGUCUGGUAUUGACGUCUCAAGUGUUAGUUUGGGAAAUACAUCUGCAUAUGUUUCUGCUUCACAUGAUGAUACUAUUCUGCAGAACUCUUUCAAUACCAGCUCAAGGCCACCUAUUUCUCUUGACUUCACAGCCCAAUAUCUUCAGCCAUCACAACCAAGUGAUUUGAACUGGGCAACUGAACGAGGUUCUGCUGUCAAUGGGUUUUCCAAUUUGAGUUUUGUGGAAAGUGACUUCUCUUCAAAAUCCAAGUUGCAGGAUUUUUCAGGGCUUUUGCGCCCUGCCCCUUCGACAGCGCCCUUCCCACAGCCUCCGAGUCUUGAUGCUGUCAAUAGGUAUCCUGGAUCAAGUACAGAGACUUUAAUUCCAAAUCAGUCUGAUUCUGUUAUGUCCUCAGGAGUCAAUACAGAUACCCUAUCUAGGAAGCCGUCAUUGGCCAUGGCAGUUGGAGCGAAAAAGAAUCCCGUAAGCCGACCUAUUCGACACUCGGGCCCGCCACCUGGAUUUAACUCUGUUCCUUCCAAACCUGUUGAUGAGCUGUUUUCUGGGAUAACAUUGAAGGAAGCUCCAGCGAUGGAUGAUUACAGCUGGCUAGAUGGAUAUCGGCUACCAGCAUCUGCACAAAUUGGUGGCUUUAGCAAUUCUAUUAAUCCAGUGCAGGCUGGCCUACCUCCGACCAAGAGUGAAAACUCCAUUGGGCUUGUAAGCUUUCCUUUCCCUGGAAAACAAGUGUCUACAUCGCGAGCCCAAAUGGACAAACAAAAUAUCUGGCAGGACUAUCAGUUUCCUGGAACUUUGAAUCAGAAUCAUCAGAAAGCAAAUAUUCAAACUAUUCCUAUAGGACAACAAUAUCAAGGGCAGUCUCUCUGGGAAGGUCGUUUCUUUGUGUGAAAUGAAUAUGGGUUGUGCACAAUCUUAUGUGGCUGACAUCCAGUGGCCUGGUUCUAGCAGUUCAGCCAUCAUGUUUGCAGUGUGACCAAUGUUAUUAGUUUUAAUUGGGCAUGAAUGGUCUUGGAGCAGGCACCUGCUCUUAAAAAGCUUGUGUCGAGCAUUUUCCAGAUCGGAUCAGUGGGAUAUCAUGAAGUCAAUAGGUGCAAGGAAAUUCAAUUCUUUUGGGGUCAAAGUCCGUGGUUGGAUAAAAUCAGAGGUACAAUGUGUAUGAAGAAACUGGAAUCUCACAGUCGAUAUUGGAAGGCAGUUCCAUCAGCAAAAUACUGUCUUGGUCUACUGACAAGGUAUCUUUGUUACAAAGGGACAAAGAGUGUUACUGGAAAUUGCUAAUUUUGUCAUGACAAGUCGUUUGUGGCGGAGUAUUAUAAUAUACAAUUUGGUGGUCUGCUUGCCCUCGUUGGAGGGCUCUGAAAAUUGUGGAAAUAUUAGUUUAUUUGAAGUUUCGAACAAGAUGUAGCUACGUAAAAUAAAUUAUCAGGGUUAGUCGGCCCUGAUUGCUUUUUUCUGAUAUAUUUUUAUAUUUUGGAUUCCAUUAAAUGAUUUGGUUAUGGAUUAUUUUGCUCAA